AUGCGGGGGGCGGCCGAGAGCCCGGCGCCGGCGGGCGACGACGAGCUGCUGCUGCUGCGGCGGCGCCGCGCCUCGCCCGCCCGCCCGCCCUCGCUGCCGUCCAGCGCCGGCGAGGAGGAGGAGGACGACGACGAGGAGGAGGACGACGAGGAGGAGGCGGCGCCGCCGGGCGAAGCGGCGCUGUCGCUGUCCCUGUCGCUGCGGCGGGGCCGCGGCCGCGGCCGGGGCGGCGGCGGCGGCCCGCGGGCGGCGCGCACGGCGGAGGCGGCGCAGCGGCUGCGGCGGAGCCGGCGGCUGAAGGCCAACAACCGGGAGCGCAACCGCAUGCACCACCUCAACGCGGCGCUGGACGCGCUGCGCGACGUGCUGCCCACCUUCCCCGAGGACGCGCGGCUCACCAAGAUCGAGACGCUCCGCUUCGCCCACAACUACAUCUGGGCGCUCACCGAGACGCUGCGCCUGGCCGGCGCCGCCCGCCUCGGCCCGCCGGGCCCCGACGGCAGCCCCUCGCCCGCCUCCUCCUGGAGCGGCGGCGCCGCCAGCCCCGCGCCCUCCGCCUCGCCCUACGCCUGCACUUUAUCGCCCGGCAGCCCCGCCGGCUCCGCCUCGGAGCCCGAGGGCUGGGGCGGCCGCUGCGCCCCGCCGCCGCGCCGCCGCCUCUAG